UUUAAAAAUAAAUAUUUAUUCAGCACAUUAUUAUUAUUUGUGACAUAUGUAUUAAGUAAUUAAAUGCAUCAUUUUUUUUUAAUUUAGUUAAGUUUUAUUACGUCAACAUUUGCUGAACAAAAAUUUUACAUCAUGAUGUCUGAUCACGUUAUUAAAAAUAAAACUAAAAGGCCCAUUUCGUCGGUUAAAAAACAGGUAUCUACCCCGAUCCGACCCACAAUUAAAAUAUUAACAAAGAAAAAAAACACGUACACAGAGGAAAAAAGUUAUAUUUGUACCAUGUCACAAAAUUCGUUAAUGAGUAAUAAAUAUGAUAAAAUUCAGAGAACAAAUCUUAUGCCAACAUCAUCGAUUCCGCGUUCGUCCCAAAGUGAACUGAAAAAACGUUUCAUCGACAGAUCUGAUAAUUUGUCAAAAAAAAACUACCAGACAUUAUUUAAAGAACUAGAAGAGCGAUACAAGGACGUAACGAUUGAAUUGGAAAAAAGUAAACAAAUGAUAGAAUCUCUUCAAAAGCAGUUGAAUAAAGAUAAAGAUGAUAAAGAAAUUCAGACAUUUGGAAUUAGUUUUGAACAAUUAGAAACUAACAUAAAACAAUUAGAAAUUAGUUUGAAAAAUAUGACCAGUGAAAAAUCAUUGUUGAAUUUAGAAUUGAAAAAAACAAAAUUCGAUUUAGGUGUAAAAAACGAAGACUUAUUGGCUAUGUCUGAACAAAAUUCGACAUUAAAAUCAGAACUACAAAUUUUAAAUAAAAAAAUAGAUGGUUUAGAGAAGACAGACUUAGAAAAAACCUCGAGAAUUGAAAAUUUGUUCAACGAGAGAAACAAAUUAAAGAAUAAUUUUGUCGAAGUUUCAAAGGAGAGAGAUUUGUAUCAAGAGGAAAUAAUUGUACUAAAAAAUAAAUAUACAAAAACUAAUAAACAACUGCAUGAAUUGAGAUCCGAUGUUGGACAAAAGAGAUCCGAAUUUGUACAACAUUCCAUGCUAUUAAGUGAAAAAUCUGACUUAAAUCUUAAACAGAAAAAAGAAAUAAGACUCAAGGAAGAAAUAAUUUUGGAACUGGAAUCGAUGGUCAAACGUUUGACACUUGAAAACAAGGACUAUACUAACAUUAUCGAUCGUUUAAAAAAUGACAGUGUUGAGUUGAAUAAGGUAAUAAAACAGUGGGAAACCAGGGCUGGUUGUUGGAUUAAUACGUUUGUUCGAGAAGAAUUCGAAUCAAAAAUCGAGGAUCUCAAAAACGAAAUCCAACGAUUAAAUGAUAACAACUUACAACUGACAGAAACGUUCAACAAAAUAAUUUCAGAAAAAUGCGAGAAAAUAUCUGAAAAAGAAAGAAUCGUCAAAAAGAAACAAUCAACCAUUGAUCAAAUGACGGAAAUAAUCAAUUUAAUGAGAAAAACAAAUGUUCAUAAUAGCGAUAACGAUCAAUUUACGGCCAUAGAGAUGGAUUGAGCGAUUGGAUUAUCCAAGGAAAUGUUUCAAUAUCAGUUGAAGAGGACUGAUUAUUGUGUAAAGAUAUAAAUGCUGGUGAAAACUGAAAAUUGACUAUAACCUGGUUACCAACACAAAUGAAGUCUCAAUAAUUAAUUUGAUUAACACAUAACAGCAACUGAUGGAGUAGUAGGAGUCUCAGACUUUGGAUGUGUCACAUCAGCUCCAAAAAUAAUUGCAUCAGCCAUACAAGGUGGGCUAAAUCAUAAAUGUUAUUAAAUAAAACGUUAUUUAAAAUAUAUUUAAUAAUUAAAAAGUGAAACUUUUAUUAUA